AUAAAACCAAGACUUUUGAAGCACAACUGGAUGAAGAACCCCAAUAUUCAGAAAUCGUUCCAAUGGAUGUUACCAAAAGUGAAAUUCCCAUAUUUGAGUGAAUUUAUCGAUACAGUUUUGCCACCAUCUUUGAAUUUUGUGGAUGAUUUUGAGGUAACUAAUAAAUGUGCAGGCGUGGAAUGUCUUCAUCAUAUCAUUGACAAUGUGUCACGCGAGGAACUGAGAUGGUGUGGAAGAGCAGAAGUCAUAUUUGAUGUUAUUGAAAAACAGAUGUAUCACCAUGAUCCACAACUGAUUGCUAACCUUCAUCUGACGGUCUUGGCUUUGCUUCCAGUUUUUGGCAAAAUUCCUGAUGACAUUGAAAAGCAUCAUAAAGUGUUUCAAAUGAUUCUAAGAGAUGUAGAAUUUGAAAAUAAAAUUUUAGUAAGGAGAGCUUUGACUUCAAAUCUUCCGAAGUUUGUGGACAUUUUAGGAAUUUUUGUCAUCAAACAUUCUAAGAAAUUAAUGAGUGUGUUUGAAUCCUAUUUGGAAGUGUUCGACGGGCCUGAAGAAACGUCAAGGCUGAAUAUCUUGAAAACAUUGCAGCAAUUUUUAUCCGUGGCAUGGCCUAGAGUUCCACAGUAUUCUUUGUUUUUUUGUAAAAUUUUAUAUAAAUUUAUAUGUGAUAUUUCAACUGACAAAACCACAACUCCAACUAGUGUGAAAGCUGAGCUGAUUUCAGAGGCACAAAAAUGCUUAGUUUUGAUCAAAAUAUGUGAUCGAGAAAACUCAGAACAGAUUUUAGAAACAGUUAAAUCA